CCAUUCUGGCGGUGGGGUAAAACUGAACCGAGAGUUUCAGAAGAAAAGAAGCGAGGAUUCUUGGAUUUUGUUGGAACUUUUUUUCUCCAAGAAUUCCGGUCUCUCUCUCCCCGCCUCUCAUGGCGCUCUCCGUAACCCCUGGCUCCUUCCUCUGCCGUUUACCUGGGAAUCCCCGGACACCGGCCGCCGUCCGCUCUUCUAUUUCUUUCGCUACCCUUCUCAACCGCAGGAAGACCAUCUCCAUUCGAUGCUCCGCGGCUUCAGCAGCACUGGCCUCUGGUAAUGUUGCACCUGCAAUUUCGGUGUCUGACAAGGCGUUGAACCAUCUGAAUAAGGUAAGGUCGGAACGAAAUGAAGAUCUGUGCUUAAGAAUUGGAGUUAAGCAAGGUGGUUGCUCUGGCAUGUCUUACACUAUGGAGUUUGAUAGUCGAGCUAAUACAAGAUCUGAUGAUUCGGUUAUAGAAUAUGAUGGUUUCACAAUUGUUUGUGAUCCGAAGAGCCUUCUCUUCAUAUAUGGUAUGCAGCUGGACUUCAGUGAUGCACUCAUUGGUGGAGGUUUCUCAUUUAAGAACCCAAACGCAAUGCAAACUUGCAGUUGUGGUAAAUCCUUUGCUGCUGACAAGAGUACGAGUCCUAAAUCUGGACAAUGUCUGUGAAUUGAAUAACCGAGAUAUAUGUUGGUAAUUCUGUAUUGGUGGGGAACUCAUCCCUUGUGCUUGUAUAACUUAGAAAAAAUAGAGAUUGUUCUGGAGAUUGUUUGAUUAUUAUUCUGGAUUCAGAUCUAUUCAAGUUGUUAUUUUCUUUACA